CAUCUUGAAAAAAAUUAUAUUAAAGAGAACUCAAAUCAACGCUGUACACAUUUCUUUGCAUUGAUUCUCUGGUCGGUUUUGUCGGAUUGCAUCAAUAUUUCGCGACGAAACGUGUUAAAUUUGGCCGAAAUACAUAAAACAGUUGUGAUUAAUUGAUUUCAGCAAAAUUCAGAGCCGUAACAUGGGUGCAGAAGAUCGUGACCGUGGUGACCGUGGUGAUAGGCAAUUGAGAGGUGGUGUUGGAGAGCGCGGAAAUACGCGGAGAAAUAGGUCGCGAGACCGUUCUCGUAGCAGUAGCAGAGACCGCACUCGCCGAUCGCCGGAUGGCCAUAGAGGAGGAGCUAGACGAGGAGGUCGCAGCCGCUCACGUUCGCCGAAGAAGCAACGCUCUCGCAGACGAAAGUGUUCAUUGUACUGGGAUGUUCCACCACCAGGUUUUGAACAUAUCACACCGCUUCAAUACAAAGCGAUGCAAGCAGCUGGUCAAAUACCAGCGAAUAUUGUGGCUGAUACACCGCAAGCAGCCGUACCGGUUGUGGGAAGCACAAUAACACGACAAGCCCGACGAUUAUACGUUGGCAACAUACCGUUCGGCGUCACCGAAGACGAAAUGAUGGCUUAUUUCAACGACCAAAUGCAUCUGUCCGGCCUAGCACAAGCGGCUGGCAACCCAGUGUUGGCAUGUCAAAUAAAUCUCGAUAAAAACUUUGCAUUUCUGGAAUUCCGUUCGAUUGACGAGACCACACAGGCAAUGGCAUUCGAUGGCAUCAAUUUCAAGGGUCAGAGUCUUAAAAUUCGUCGACCACACGAUUAUCAGCCGAUGCCUGGCAUGAGCGAUGGUGCCGUAAAUUCGGGCAAUAACCAUCAAGUUGGACCGGUUAGCGGUGUCAUAAGUACGGUCGUUCCUGAUUCACCGCACAAAAUUUUCAUUGGCGGUUUGCCAAACUACUUGAACGAAGACCAGGUGAAAGAAUUGCUUCUAUCUUUUGGACAACUACGUGCGUUCAAUCUGGUGAAGGACGCAGCAACUGGCUUGAGCAAAGGUUACGCUUUCGCCGAAUAUGUUGACUUUAACAUUACAGACCAGGCUAUUGCUGGAUUAAAUGGAAUGCAAUUGGGUGACAAGAAGUUGAUCGUUCAGCGGGCUAGUGUUGGUGCAAAGAAUGCAAAUUCAUCCAACGUACAAGCAGCUCCAGUUCAAAUUCAAGUGCCAGGUCUAUCGAUGGUUGGCACUUCGGGCCCUGCUACUGAAGUACUUUGCCUAUUGAACAUGGUGACACCCGACGAACUAAUUGAAGAGGAUGAAUACGAAGAUAUUAUGGAGGAUAUCCGAGAAGAAUGCAACAAAUACGGAGUCGUUCGAAGUAUCGAAAUCCCACGGCCCAUUGAAGGAGUGGAGGUGCCCGGAUGUGGCAAGGUAUUUGUCGAAUUCAAUUCGGUUAUGGACUGUCAAAAGGCACAACAAGCUUUGACGGGACGUAAAUUCAGUGACCGUGUCGUCGUCACAUCCUACUUUGACCCAGACAAAUAUCAUCGUCGCGAGUUUUAAACAUAAUAUUCAAUAAACCGAAAAGAAAAAAACAAAUAAACAUUCACUCUAACAUGUAUUGAAGUAAUCAGGACACUAACAACAUGAAAUAAACCGUUACGAAGAUAAUUAUUGUAUGUAUGCAAAACGAGUCACGAGUAAAGUAAUAAAGAUCAUUUUGUGUGUGACA